AUGCCACCGAACCUACCAAAUCCUCCUGGUCAGGGUCCAGGCUUCGUCAAUUUCCAGCAAUUCAAUGAUAAAGCCAAAUAUCUUAGUGCUAGGCUUACCACCCUCCAAACUACGGUUAGAGAUAAUUUCUCAAAGGAGGUAAAUUUAUUAGAUGCUUGGGAUCCACUUCUCAAAGUUACUCGAGAAGCUCAAAGGGAUAUUCAAGCUGCAACACAUGUUGAGAAAUCUCAUCGAAAUUUAAAGGAUCGAUAUGAGGAGAAAUUAAAAGAGACUGAACCACUUUAUCAAAGUCUCGAAAAGAUAAUUUCUCAUGAAAGUAAUGGUGUUCUUGAAAAGUUAUUCGAACAAGCUUUCACAAUCAUAUGCAAAUACAAAGGUUCUCUGGAUUUAAUUCGAGAACUUGAUCCACAUGUCAAGAAACUCUUGUUCAAUCAUGAAUAUGAUACAUUGCAUGCCGAGUUCACAUCAUAUAAGAAUCAUCAUGAUAGUUCUGAACUCGCAAAGGCAAAUGAUGAAAUCAUCAAAUUGCAGGAAUCUGCCAAGAGAGAAUUGGAUGAUUACAAGGAGAAAUCUGGGCAAGAACUCCAACAAGUCAAAGAUAAGCUUGUUAAUCUUCAAUCCGAUUCCUCGAGAGAUCUCAAAAAAGUCAAUGAUAAUCUUGUCGACCUUCAAAACAAAUACGACAGAGAUAUCAAAAAGGCCAAAGAUGAUCUUGAUGAUGCCAAAGGCAAAUACGAUAGAGAUCUUAAUUGUGCUAAGGAUGAUCUUGCCCAUUCCAAAGGCCAAUUUGAGCGAGAUCUUCAAUAUGCCAAUGAUGAUAUCGCUAAAUUACAGAAGCAUAAGGAGAUGAUCAAUUCCGAACUUCAACAAGCCAAGGAUACUCUCGAAAAAUCGCAGGAAUCUGCCAAGUCACUUCAACAACGCAAGGAAGAUGUUGAAUUGCAAUUGAAGAGUCUUAUGGAGAACAACUCUACACUCCAAAGGGAAAAAGAGGAGAUAGAUUCAAGAUUUCAAACGGCUUUGAAUGAUCUUAAAUCCUCCAAGGAGGAGAAUGUCACUCUUCGAGAUCAGAAUGAUAUAUUGCAGGAAUCUGCUAAUCAACUUUUACCUUGCAAAGUCAAAUUAAUCAAGGAGAAGUUUUUGAGGGUUUUACUUGCAAAGUCUUCCAUGUACUAUGCCAAUAAGUUCAUGGCAAGUGUUGAAGAUUGCCUAUCUCUUCAAAAUCGUAGUGAUGGAUUGGAGGAGAAUAUCACUACUUUGGAAAAGACUGUUGAGUUAUUGGAGGAUUCCAAUCGUGAUGUUAUCCUUGAGAAUGUGUAUCAUUCAAGGACCAUCGAAACCCUCGAAGAGGAGAUUCAACAUCAUGUCAAAGAUAUCAAUGACCUUACUGGUCUAUUGAAAUCAAAGGAUCUCGUCAUUCAAAAGCUUAACGGUGAGAUUGAUGAUACUCAUGCAUAUGAGGACACCCUCCUUCACAACCACCAAAUGGAGCUCAAUGAUCUUUGGGAAUCUAUGGAAACCGAUGGGCAAUAUAUCCGAGGAUUACUGGAUGAUUCCCAAAAUCAUGAAAAGGAUCUGAUUGAUCUUGGUGAUUUCAAAGAUCAAGAAAUUGGUAAACUCCAAGGCCAACUCAAUGAUGCCCAUGUAUCUGAGUAUACCAUUGUUAGAGAACAUCAAUUUGAGUUGAAUGAACUUUGGGAAUCCACCGAGGCCAAUUUCCAGCAAAUGCGAGGGAUUAAGGAUACUCAAAUCAAUCAUCUCAAAACGGAAAUCAAUCAACUCAAGGUAUCCUCCAAUACAUUACUUUGUGAAUCAAAAGAAGAAAAUGCUACUCUUCUAAAUGAUCUCACCAAUGUUCGACAAGCAUCUAAUGAGAAGAUUUCCAACCUUGAGAGUGAGCUCUUGGCUAUUCAAGACUCAUCCGAAUCCAAAAUUCUCGCCCUCGAAGGUUUCAAUUCGAUUAUUGAAGAAAAUCUUUCCAAUACCAAAUCGAUUCUCAUCAAAACAUUGAGCCUAUCCUGGUUACCAACUACGAUUGCCGAGGAUAUGGACACAUGGAAUGAAUUAGUGUUGAUUAUGACAAACCAAAACACAAUCACUCCUCUCGUAUUAUAUGGUCCCAAACCAUUCAUAUCUAGAUGGAAAGUGGCGGUUAGAUCAAAUUCUUCCCAAAUUCAACCUGGAUGGUUUCAUGAUAUGAAGAUGUCAAAUUUUAUUACGGCUUCUCUUCUAUAUGUUAUCAUUAAGGGGGAUAAAUGUAUGGAACAUCACUGGUUAACCUUGUUCCUCAUUGAUCAACUCUCAAGAUCAAUGUCUACUAACGUGGAUACAAUUAUUCCAAUCAUCAUAUUCCAUGCCCUUGAGGAAUUUGAUCAUUCUUUCACCAAGCAUCCUUUUAGUAGUUCGAUGAAAUAUGCAUCAAUCGCAUUGGCUUUGGCUCAAUUAUGGAAGAUCACCAAGGAUAUAUUCUUUCAUUCCUCAUGGUCCGAAAUUUCAUUACCAAAAUCAUUACUCGAAUUCGAAAUCAAGAUCAUUCUAGAUCUCCACCAACUUAUGCAAGUGGAUAUUGAUCUCAAGGAGAAGGAUUUAGAAGCUGUAUUCCCAAGCUCUAAUGAAAACUUCUUGAAUUUGAGCAAAAAUGUUGGAAUCUUUGCCAUACCUAAUUCUCAAUGGUACAUUUUACUAUUGAAGAAGACAAAAGUAAUUUUCUUCUUCGAUAAAGUACUACUUGUGAAAGAUGAUGAACGAAUUUCUACAUCAGGUUACAAGAUUCAUGGGCCACAAAAAUUCAAAGAUUACUUAUUUACUGCCGAUUCUCCUUCAAAGAGAAAAUGGUUUCGUAAAUUUGUUGAUGCCAGUCAUCAUGAUUUCUUAAGCUCAGAUGCUAAGGAUAUGCUGGCAAAACUUGAGUGUGGAGAGUUCGUUUGGUAA